AGAAAAGUGGCUAAUAAGUGAUGGCAUUAGCGCGUAAAUUAACCGAAAGAAUAUAUGAGAUAAAAGCACACAAUGGUAACGUUACUUGCUUGGAUGUUGGUGAAACAGGUCGUGUCUUAGUUACCGGUGGCCAAGAUCGUAAUGUUAAUUUAUGGGCAAUUGGACAGACAGAAUGUUUUAUGUCACUGACGGGUCACAAUCGCCCCUUGGAUUGUGUCCGUUUUGCCUACAAUGAUGAUUUUGUCUAUUCAGCCGAUGAUAUCGGUAUUAUACGACGAUGGGAUUUGAAUGCACAAACAAUAUGCUCCACAUUGAAUGGUCAUAUGAAAAGUGUGCGAACAUUGGAUUUCAAUCCAUCCGGUGAAUAUGUGGUAUCCGGUAGUAAUGACACAACAGUAAGAUUAUGGGAUGUUCGCAAUCAAAAUAGUUGCAUGAAAAUCUAUCGUGGUCAUAUUUCACAUGUUAACUCAGUGAAAUUUUCACCAGAUGGCCUAUGGAUAGCAUCUGCCGGUACGGAGGGUUCCGUCAUUAUAUGGGACAUCAGGAAAAGUAAACAAAUUAUGGAAUUUUGUGAUAAACCAGCUGGUGCUGCAAUCACAUGUAUACAAUUUCAUCCAUUUGAAUUUUUGCUGGCUGUGGGUCGUGUCGAUGGUACCGUUAGUAUUUAUGAUUUGGAGACACAGCUGUGUGUUACCCGGACAGAUGCUACCAGUUUGUUUUAUGGUCAUCCCAUUAAGUGUAUAACAUUUAGUGAUAAUGGCGAAUGCUUGUUUGUUGGCACCGCGGCAGCUAUAUCGAUUAUUGGCUGGGAACCAGAUCGUGAAUUUGAUCACAUACAAUCCGCCUGGACGGCAUUGGGUGAUAUGAAAAUUGUUAAUAGAAGAUUGAUUUGUGGCUCCUUUGAACAGGAAUAUGUCAGCAUUGAUGCCCUUAGUGUCAAUCGUGUAUUCCCGUUUUAUAAUCCAUCCAAUAAUACAGCACCUGCCUUUAGUCAUAAUUCCACAACACGUAAAAGUUUUUCACGUGGCAAUCAAAAGUUACGUCUUUCGAUUGGUGGACCCAAACAGUCACGUCUGGUCGAAGAGAAUGAAGACAAUCGUAGUCCCAGUUUAGAUGGUCACUCUUCACCGAACCUCAGCCUAGAGUUGGUCGAUGAAAAUCCCCUCGAUAGCGCCAUGCUUCCGCCCAUGCUACCAAAUCCAAAUACCCAUCCGCUAAACAAUGGUCAUGCCAAUUUCUCGGUGAAUAGUAAUUUUACAGAUUUUGAAAAUAGUUUCACCUCAACAAUGGGUGUUGGUGGGGGUGGUUUAACAUCAUCACCAUAUCAUUACCCGUCCAUUGCCUCAAGUACUGCCUACAGUAGUUUGGGUGUUUUAAAUUAUGAUGGUGGUCCGUCGUCGCUGAAAAUGCCCGGAGAGCGGGGUGAUUACUAUAGUAAAUAUGAUAAUUUCACAGAUCCUUUCAAUCAGGAUAGUGAAAUAAAUUUCAAUGAAAGUUUCCCGCCUGUUAUCAACAAUUACGAUAAUACCGAAAUGGUUGAAGAUUUUCCCAUAAAUCAAGGCUCAACUAUACCGCCAUCUGUAGCAGCAGCAACCACAAAUAAUUCAUCGUCGUCAUCGUCCUCAUCAUCGGCCACGUUGAAUGCCAAAACGGCCAAACCAACUACAACAACAACCAAAACAACAUCACACAUUACAAAACGUACAGCACAAGUGUCGAGUGGUGGGGGUAUUAAAACCAGUGCAUCGUCGACAUUUCAACAGCGCAACAAAUUGUCGCAAGUGUCCUCGGUUAGCACAACAGAACUGCACAAAAUGGAUGAUAAUAUGCUGAUCAAGAAAUCGGCAUCGUCACACAUUGUUGUAAAUAAGAGCAAGGCACAUGUGAAUAAAGAGAAUGCACGCAAUAAAAAUAUCACAGUGCAAAUAAUAACAAAGCCACCGACACGUUCACGAACAUCGUUGGAAUUGAGAUCACCACAGAAAGCGGGUGGUGGAGGAGGAGGUGGUCCAGCACAACGUCAAACACAACGCAUUUCUAGUUACACCAUGGAUAGUACUAGUAAUGGCUCGGCAAAUAUACCCAUUAGUUAUCGGCCCGAUCCAUCACUGAUGACCCAUUCGGGGUUCGGUAGUCAAAAAAGCUUUAAUAAUCGCAUGGACGAUGUACCAGAAAUUGAAAUGCUCUCAGCAACACAUGAACAAGUUUAUCAGGAGUUAAGCAAUCGUAAUGCCACACUGCAGAUUAUAAGAAAUUCAACAAGAUCUCACGAUGUCCUUUCCGCCCUAAGACAGGCCAUUAAAAUGGGCCGAACUAUUUUCGUUGAUCUUUUGGGAGCCAUAUUGGAAAAAACAUCAUCAUGGAAUUUAGAUUUGUGUAUUUUAUUAUUACCUGAAAUCUAUGAACUCCUGCAAAGUCAACAUAAAUUUCACUAUACACGAGCUUGUGAUACACUACGUGUUAUACUAUCAAAUUUCUUGCCAAUUAUUCAGGAUAACCUAGACCCAUGGGUAAAUGGUCUGGGUGUUGAUGUCAGUCGAGAGGAACGUCAUCGCAAAUGUUUGGAAUGUCAGCGAUGGCUAUUGCAAAUACGCAACCUGCCCGAAACAAAUCAUUUUGGCAGCACACUAACCCAGCUACAAAAUAUGAUUGUUAAUAUAUAAGAAGAGAGAA